AUGUCUGGUUUAGAUAUCACUAUUAUUCUCGGUAACAAACAAAGACAACUACCCAAACCGUUUAAUAACCGUCCUGGAUAUGAUAUGAAGUAUGUUAUGAUAUAUCUCAACUAUUAUCAUCCUAUUUAUUAUGGUGAAAAUCUUGAGAAACUCUUUGAUACUGAAAAAAAAUAUGACAACUUGUCUAUAGUAAAACGAGACGAAAAACUUAUUCAAUGGGCAGUACGAGUUAGAAUCGAUCUUCAAGAUUUAUUAAGCGAGAAUAAACUUGGUAUGUAUCAUAGAUAUUGCUUAUUUGCUUCUUAUCCUGGAGGUAGACUUGUAUUUCGUGCUGAUGUGGAUAUAAAGCCUAAAAAAACGUUUGACCAUGCUUAUAAAAGAUUUGCGGAAAUGGUUGAACCUAAAGACCUGAUGCAGGAUCAUUGGGAUAACUACUGUUCUAGACCUAAAACCGAUUUUGGGCGUGCAAGGAUUAUUCAAAGAGCUUGGAGACGAUUUCAAGAGAAAGAGCCAUCGAAUGCACGGCUUGCAUGGAAUAGCUUACCGAAUGAUAAUACUCCAGAUGAUAAGAAAUUUUUAGGUUUAACUCAACAUAAAAUAAAAAAUCCUCAGACUCGAGAACAAUUUGAUCAGUGGCGUACGAAAUCGAUUGCAAUGUAUAAACAAUGUAAUUUAAAUAUUCCUUUGGAUAUUUAUGUAAGAGAAUAUGAAGAAUAUUAUAUUCCAUAUAAUUGGAUAGAUUCUAAAAAGAGUCAAUUGCAGUCUAGAUUCCAAAAGCGACUUUUAGAAAUAGAAGCGUAA